GCGGUGGUGGCGUUGCCAGGGAGAGUGGGCGUGGCCGGCUCUGCGCUUUCUUGUGCCGUGAGAGGAGGAAAGAUGGCGGAGGAGGAGAAGCUCCCCGCGGGCUGGGAGAAGCGCAUGAGCCGCAGCUCCGGGCGGGUUUAUUAUUUCAAUCAUAUCACAAAUGCCAGCCAAUGGGAACGCCCCACUGGCAACAGCAAGAAUGGUCAAGGGGAGCCAACAAAAGUGCGAUGCUCACAUCUCUUGGUGAAACACAAUCAGUCCAGGAGACCCGCAUCAUGGAGGGAAGAUAAAAUCACACGAAGCAAGGAAGAGGCCCUGGAACUAAUUAAUGGCUACAUCCAGAAGAUUAAAUCUGGGGAGGAAGAUUUUGAAUCCUUAGCAUCACAGUUCAGUGACUGCAGCUCAGCCAAGGCAGGGGGAGACCUGGGUACUUUUGGAAGAGGUCAAAUGCAGAAACCUUUUGAAGAUGCCUCCUUUGCGCUGAGGACUGGUGAGAUGAGUGGACCAGUAUUCACAGAUUCAGGGAUCCAUAUAAUUCUGCGUACAGAAUGAGUGUUUUGGCACCAUGCACUUGGAAAAGAAAGGGUGAUGGGAGAAAAGGAACAAGAGAACCGUUAUUCCAACCAUUGAUACGCUCUCUAUCCCAGAACAAACUUCAUAUCUAACUUAUUGUUUAUUUUUGUUUAUAUAUAUAAAAUAUAUAAACAUAAACAAUAAGUGUGUGCAUAUGCAACACACAUCAAUGUGUAUCUGUUUCAUAUUUCAGUACCUUAUUUGACAUGUUGAAGAAAUGUUUUCCCCCACCUGUAUUGAUGCAUGUUAGCUGGGGCAGAAAACAAUUGAAACAAUGAGACAGUAGCAUCUUUCAUGGACACAAUGACAAUGUUUUUAACAACAAUAAAAAAAGGAAAUUCCCUAGCUGCUUGAGUUUAAUAUUGAUGGUUUCUUCCAUUCAGGAGACAUGUCUAUACUUACAGGGUCAUGCUUCAAUGCUUUCCCUCUAUAUCCAACUUAUCAUAGAGUUAUUUAUUAUAGGGCUGCAUUGAUGGUGGCAGAGUUUAGCGCUCAGUGUAUAAGUAGAAUAAAAAUCUCCUUUGCCACGAUAUAGCCUGGUUUAAGUUCACAAGUGACAACAUCCCAUUUCUUAUCUCUCUGACCCACAAUUCAGUGGCAUUCAUUUCUUAAUUUGGCCAAUCACUGAUAAAUUGUUUUUGGAUGUACAACUAGAACACACUCCUGUGGCCUCACUUAAUUGCUGUAGAUUUAGGACAACAGAUUUCGCAUGAUAAUGUGCAAAUUCCUCUGGACUUCACUUCCAACUUCCAUCAAGGGUUGAGUUUCAGAAGUUGCAAAGGGACUUGAUGUUGUCUGGAUAAGAAUUAUCUCUGCUCACCUGAGCAUACACCGGAUUCUGCUGUCAGAAAUAUAAGUAUAAAUUCACCAUAUGCUGAUUACCAUAAUGCGUUCACAUUGAAUUGAAUCUUGCUGAUGCCCUUUUGAGGCAAAUAUUUUUCUUUUACAUUAUUCCAGUGCAGCCCCUCCACAAAUUUAUUUAGCCCUCUAAAAUUUCAUUAGAUUUACUACAUUUUAAUCAUUCUUGUGUGUUGUUCUUAAUGCUGAAAUACUAUCCCCAGGGAAGGCCAUUUAGUUAUUGGCUUCCAAGUUUUUUGGUUUGUGUUUUCUUUUUUUGUUUCUAUUUUCUUUUGUUCAGAAGCUGGCCAUGAUCCAUUUGUGGUUUAAGAUAACACUGUAGUCACUCUUCCUGUUUUUCUGCAUUGCUUUUUCUCUAUAUAAAAUCAAUAUGAUUCCCACCAAAUUCCCUGCUUUUGAUCUGAUGCAAACAAGCUUUGUGUAUAUAUAUAUGUACAGAGAGUGUUCCAGUUCUCUUAUGUGAGAAAAUAAAAAUAAAUCCCUGCCAACUAUCAACA